AUGUCCGCCUUCUUCACCCCGAUCUCGUCCCCAAACCCUCAAGCCCGCCGAACACCAACAGCCCCAAUUGAACCCCGCCCCGACCCCCCUCCCCCUCCUCCGAAAAGGCACCGAGGAACGGGGAAGUGGGAGGCGCACUUGUGGGACCCCACUGUGCGGCGGAAGAAGAGGACCCAAGGGGGGAGGAGGGCCUGGGGCAAGCAGGUCUACCUGGGGGCAUACAACACUGAGGUUGAGGCAGCACGUGCAUACGAUAUGGCGGCCAUCGUCUUCUUCGGGUCUGCUGCUAAACCCAAUUUUUCGCUGGAGGAGGCGUACGGCGCGGAACUGGCGUCUCUGUCUAAGAUGGGCAAGGAGGACGUGGUCAACAUGCUGAGGCGGCAGUGCCGAAGCUUCAGCCGGGGCGAAUCUCAGUACCGCGGCGUGACUCGGCACCGUGCGUCGGACUUGUGGGAGGCGCGGAUCGGCAAUAUGUUCGGCAAGAACUACGUGUACCUGGGGCUCUUCGAGUCAGAGCAGGCGGCCGCCAUGGCGUACGACUUCGCCGCCCUGUACCGCGGCGGCCCAAGCUCCCUGACCAACUUCGACCCCCGCAGCUACCUGCAGGGGAGUACCGGUAGGACAACAGCAGCGGCAGCAGCAGCGGCCGCAACCGGGGUGCCCAACCUACCGACAGCAGUAACCACGAUGUGA